AAACAUGGCCGCUUUGGCUACGGACGCUUCCGCCCAGCACAAACAUGGCGGCUCCUGACGUCAUAGGACGGCGCCGGCCGCCCCGGAGACUGCACGUGCGCUCGGGUUUGGGAAAUUUCCCGGCUGAGCCAUGGACACCCCGCUGAGGCGCAGCCGGCGGCUGGGAGGCCCGAAGGCCGAGCUUCCCGAGAGCCCCACCGCAGCUCCGCGGGCGAGACGAGCCCUUGCGGAAUUCGAGUCGAGCCUGGAAGAAACGAGGGAGCCCGCGUCUCCUCGGCGUGUGCGGCAACCCGGCCUGGAGUCCCCCCGACGUCAGCCCGAGACACGCCCGGGAUCGCCCAGCCUAGGGCAGGGGGCAGGCCUGGGGUCCCCCCGGAGGGAGCCGGGUCCGGGCCCAGGGUCCCCCCAGGGCCAGCAAGGUCCAGGCCUGGAGUCUCCCCGCAGACAGCCAGCGUCGAGUCCUGAGCGCCCCCGACGGGAGCCCAAGCCAAGCGGGGAGUCCCCGCAGGUCCUCGGGAGCCGCGGAGGACCGGGCGCGAGGGUGGCCCCGGGUGCGGAGGAGCUGUCCCGGCGGCCCCUCCAGCAUCAGCCGUCGGGCCCUGGGUCCCCGGAACCUCACCCCGGUCAGCAAGCGCCGGGCCCGGAGCCCUCGCCGCCACCGCAGGAGCUGGCACCCCAGCCCCCCGGCGCCCCCCGGGGCCAGCGCCUGCCGAGCCAGCCACCGCCGGCCCGGGAGCUGGCAAGAGACGGCCUUUGCCCGAAGGAGCGGACAGGACCUUCAGCCCAGGCCCCGGCGCCCAAGAAGCGGAAGGAGGAGGCGGAGGUUCCCAUCAUCCCGAAGGGAAAGCCCAAGUCGGGGCGGGUGUGGAAGGACCGCGCCAAGAAGAGGUUCUCCCAGAUGGUGCAGGACAAGCCCCUGCGCACCUCCUGGCGGCGGAAGGUGAAGGAGCGGCAGGAGCGGAAGCUGGCCAAGGACUUCGCCCGGCACCUGGAGGAGGAGAAGGAGAGGUGCACCCAGGAGAAGAAGCAGCGCCGCGCCGAGAACCUGAAACGCCGCCUGGAGAACGAGCGCAAGGCCGAGAUCGUCCAAGUGAUCCGAAACCCCGCCAAGCUCAAGCGGGCGAAGAAGAAGCAGCUGCGCUCCAUCGAGAAGCGGGACACGCUGGCCCUGCUGCAGCAGCCGCCCCGGCCGGCAGCCAAGGUCUGAGGGGGACGCCGGAGGCCCCUGGAGCCAACCACGCGUCAGACACAGCACCUCGGCCGCUGUCAUGCGCCUCUGCCGGGCCCGCACUCCCACUCCAGCUCCGUGGGCGGGACCCACUUUGAAUGGGGCCCUGAGCCUCUGGGACUCUCAGGCAGGUCUCUGUGGGACAGCCCAGAGGGGGCCGGGCCCUGGCAGAGGUUGGGGGGCCGGUGGAGCGUCAGCUCCCCUCCCCUCCUUCCCCCAAGUGCCUUCAAGCCCAGGAAGAGCCCGUUCUGCC